AUGUCCGUCUCCGUCAACCCUCGACGCAGGACUCCGGUGACUCGCCCGGAGUCUCCUGCCGGCACUGGCCUCACUCUUAAGACCAACAGCCUCCGCAAGGGUGCUACCUUUCACUCUCCCACCAGUCCUACGUCUUCUCUGGACGAUGCCUUGACUGCUGCCCCUCCAAGCCUUCGACGCUCCCAGACCAACCUGGACGACGUUGUCGACGCCCACUGCCGCCGCAUGGCCUUGAUUGUCGACGACAUUGACAAGUCCCUUGCCAACAUCAACCUGGUCUCCCCCAAGACCAAGUCUUUCCGCGACGACAGUCUUCCCGUUCCCAGAGGCUUUCUCAACCUACCCGUUGUCGACCCCGCCAUGGCAAAGGAAAAGUCAAAGGAGACGGAACGUCGCAUUCUGCGCCCCAGAAUCCGCCGUUCCUCGAGACAUCAUGAAUCAGACAGCGGACUCGGAACCUCUGUCGCCCCCACCACCGAGACAGAGCCUGCAACCACCGCAUCAAAGAAGGCAUCCGCCAUCACAAGGUCCGCUGCCAACACUUCUUCUGCCACCAUGGAGAAGCUUCCCGCCCUCAGCUCCAAGGCUGUCAACCGCAUCCACGAGCACGUCCUCCGCCCCCUCCGGGCCAAGCCUGCUCUCAAGGACUUUGAGCCCAUUGUUCUUGACAUCCCCAGACGCAUCAGAGAGAAGGAGAUCAUCUGCCUGAGAGAUCUCGAAAAGACACUUAUUUUCAUGGCACCCGAGAGGACCAAGACCGCCGCCUUGUACCUCGAUUUCUGCCUGACGUCGAUCCACUGCAUUCAAGCAACCGUGGAAUACCUAAGCGACCGAGAACAGACUCGACCCAACGACCGCCCUUACACUAACGGAUACUUCAUCGAUCUCGUGGAACAGAUUCGCCAGUACGCAGGACAACUUGCCGCCGCCAAGGAGACUGGAUCAGACGCCGCUGAGAUGGACGUCGACCCGUACGACAUCCGUUCCCAACUUGCCCUUUACUCAACUAACAUGUUCCGUAGGACCGACGAGAUCAAGCUCUUCGGAGGCAUCGCUGAUAACGGUCGCCCGGCCGAGCUCAUCCGCAUUCGCAAGGACGGAAAAGCCAUUUCAAUGGCUACUGGCCUGGAGGUCGACCUGGAUGACCCCAAGAGCCCUAUUCAGAUGAAGCGCUCGUUGAGCCAGCAGUUGGAGGAUGAUGAGGAGAUUAUGCGUUCCAUGGCUCGUCGCAAGAAGAACGCCAGUCCUGAGGAGCUUGCCCCCAAGAAGUGCCGUGAGCCUGGCUGCAACAAGGAGUUCAAGCGUCCCUGUGACCUGACCAAGCACGAGAAGACCCACUCUCGUCCCUGGAAGUGCCCCGUCGCUUCAUGCAAAUACCACAACUAUGGCUGGCCAACCGAGAAGGAGAUGGAUCGCCACCACAACGACAAGCACUCGUCGGCCCCGCCCAUGUACGAGUGCUUGUACAAGCCCUGCCCGUACAAGUCCAAGCGGGAGUCAAACUGCAAACAGCACAUGGAGAAGGCCCAUGGCUGGCAAUACGUUCGCACCAAGACCAACGGCAAGAAGCCCUCGAGCGUUGCCGGCAGUGUUACCCAGUCCACCCCUAUGCUCAACCAUAUGCCCACUCCCUCUACAAGCAGCGCCGCUACCCCGCCUGCUCCUUUGGACCAGGCUCAGCAGUUCAACUUCAACGACCCUCUCCUGGCUCCCAUGCACCCCAUUGGUCCUGUUGGCGACUUUGCUUCCCACAUUGAUGGCAUGGAGUUCCCUUCCUACAUUUCGGAUGAGGAGUUUGAUCAAAUGGUUGGUCAGGGUGGAUUCGAUGGACAGAUGGAUUUGGAGAUGUCCCUGUCUCCCUCCGACCACAACACCCCUGCCACCGAAAUCUCUACUGGCCCAUACAUUUACCAGGACGGUCCCGACUUUACAGUGAACGAGGACAUCUAUGGCGCACACGCUCAGAUCCCCACCCCGGACAGAGCCGUCUUUGCUCAAAAGGAGUUGAACAUGGCUUUCCCCAUCUACCAGCCUGUUCCUGCUUGCCAGCCUCAGAUUGCCCCUGCCCAGACCGCACCACACAUCUCUCCUAUUGGCCAGGGCAACGCAAUGCUCUUCACGCCUAACUCGUUGGCCGAGGUUGACGAGGGCUUCGAGGACAACUACACUAGUGGCGGAAAUGAGUUUUGCGGCAACGACUUCCAGCUAUUCCCCGCCAACAACGUGACCAAGAUGUACGAGCCACUCUUUGGUGAAGUGCCAAGUGCUGGCUUGGGCUACUCGCAAGCGUCACAGGACCCUUUCCAGUCCAUCGACUGGAACCUGGAUUACCAAAACUUUCAAAGCCAGUAA